AUGGUUGCAAACGACGAUGCCAAAUCCAAAGACCGGAGUAAGCCCAACGAUGACGUUGACCGAGACCCCGUCGUCGACUUUAACGCUCUUUCGUCCGAGGUGGUGCAGUCUUACGUCUCCUUUUUCGAUCUGGCCCGAUCCUAUCCGCCCAUCGACACAUCGCGCCAGGAUACCAGAUCUUCAUCCAACGGUCGAAAGCGCAAAGGUCGCGCAGCUUCUCCCACCAUCGUCUCUUCGACUCGAAAGCGCAAUGCUGCAGAGAUGAGCACAGCCGAGACGGCUGCCGUGUUGGGAGUCAAUGCACCCAAACCCAAUGAAGACGAGAUCGCAUGUCCUCCCCACUUUUUCGAUGCCGAUGCAGCCACCAACUUCUUGAGUCAAGUCGCAACACAGCACCUUGCAUCACAACCAGCACCCAAGGAGGGGGAAGUCGUGGUCGGAUUCUUGUACAAGUGUCGUGCCAAAGGCGAGCUCAACAGACCAUUGGCACAUUACAGACUCAGCGAUGCAGCGACGGAAAAGUCCGAGCCAACCGAUGCUCUCACUCAGCGCACCAGGUAG